CAGUGACGCAUGUGUUACGUCACUUAUCAACACGGAACAAGCAUGCACAUUCGACUCUGCCCCGUCUACAGGACUUCUUCGUCGGUAUGGAUGACUACAAGAUCCUGAAAGUGAUUGGGGAGGGAUCCUUUGGUCGUGCCCUAUUGGUCCAGCAUAAAAACUGUGAAACAAAAUGGGUAUUGAAAGAAAUCCAAAUUCCAAAGGCUCGAAGUGGAACACAGUCCAGAAGAGAAGCAGUGCUCCUGGCCAAAAUGAAGCAUCCAAAUAUUGUGGCCUUUAAGGAUUCAUUUGAAGCUGACGGCUAUUUGUACAUUGCCAUGGAGUUCUGUGGUGGAGGUGACCUGCUUCAAAGGAUCCGUCUGCAAAAGAACGCACAUUUCUCUGAGGAUGUUGUCUUGAAAUGGUUCGCCCAGAUGUGCUCAGGUGCCAAACAUAUCCACGACAAGCGUGUCCUACAUCGGGAUUUGAAAUCCAAGAACAUUUUCCUGACAGACAAUGGAACAGUCAAGCUGGGAGACUUUGGCUCGGCCUGUCUUCUGAGCAGUGCUGAAGGUUGUGCUCAGACAUACGUUGGUACUCCCUAUUAUGUAUCUCCAGAAAUCUGGGACAGUAAACCAUAUAACAACAAAAGUGAUGUGUGGUCACUGGGCUGUGUGCUAUACGAGCUCUGCACUCUUAAGCACCCGUUCCAGGCCUGCAGCUGGAAGAGCCUGAUCCUGAAAGUAUGUCGAGGUGCCUACGACCCUUUGCCCAAGCACCUCCCGUACGAGCUCCAUUACCUGAUCAAGCACAUGUUUAAGACCAACCCCAGGGACCGGCCCUCCGUCCAGACCAUCCUGACCUCGCACCGCAUCUCCAGGCUGCUGCAGAAACAUCUGCAGACUCCCGAGAAACCACAGACCGAGCGUGUUCAGCGUUGGAGGAGAGAGGAUGGUAAAGCGGUGGCCAAACUACUUGGUCAGAAGACACUUCUCACCGCCUCGACAGUAGAGAGCACUUUUGGGGAGAGUCACGAAGGAGAAUUGAGGCCUCGCCGGAGGUGGGCUGCAGGCCCCUCCGAGACGGUCCUGGAGGUCCUCAAAAAUGCUGAUGUCAUUUCCUCGGACAGCAUGCCUAUCGGUGACCUCGAGGCAUGUUCAGAGUCUUUAGCCUCUGAGGCGCCGCAGAAGAGAGAGAGGAGACGGUGGGACCGGGAGCCUCCGCAGCGUCUCCUGAGCCUGCUGGAGAAAGCCAGCCUCAGCACGGCUUUCAAAACCUACACUAUACACCGAAAAGGUGAAGGCCCUCCUCUUGGCCCCUUGGCUGAUAGACAGGAUGAUGCUGUUGAUGGCCCUGAGGAUGACCUCAUUGAUGAGAGCAGGCUGGACCCCCGGUCCGAUGAUGAGGAUACGGACUUUGAGGAAGAGACUCAUUUUGAACUGCUGGAUGGACUGGAAAAACUGACUACUGAACACUAACAUUUUAUCACUAUUUUCCACAAAUGCUAAUGCUGAUCUCAUGGGUGUCGGAGCCAUUAUACGACUUUUUAUAAUUGUUAGUUUGGAACCCCCCCACACACUUUUGCAAUGCAAAAUAUCAGUGCUGUUUUAAAACUGUUAUAGUAAUAUCUCCAACGUCCAUGUCAAAUCCAUUCCACUUGAUUACAAAUGCUAUAAUGAAACUUGAUGGCAAUAAUUUUGGAGUUUCAAGACUAGUUUUAGUUAGCCAUGUGGCCCCUCUUGGCAUGAAACAAAGACACCCUCCCCUCCCCCAAUGAAAUGCCAAUGUACUGGUUCCAAGGGCAAUCAGAUCCACAAGACAAAGAAUGUUACCUUGCUAUACUGUAUCCAUGUCAUGAAAUUUAAAUGUAUUCAUGUUUGGUAUCAUUGUAAUAGUCUCAGUACAAGGAUUGUAAUGAUUUAAUUGUAAGAAUGUUUGGAACGUUCUAUAAGUGAUAUUUCUGAUUUAUAGGAUAUCUCUCCUCAUGCUGAUCAGAUAAGAAUGGGUAGGUGUGAGUAGGUGUUUCUGAUGCCAUCUGGAGAACCAACCACGUGGGCUUGUUUUGCCGCCAAAUUCUUUCUUUGUUUAACUCAUACAAAAGUGACUAACUUGCAUUGUUUGUUAGAACGAGAACUAGAACUGAAGAAGAGAGAGAGAGAGGUUAGCCUCUGGCCAUGGCCUAAGACCAUAUAGACCAUUUUUUUACCCUCUCUGCUUGUAACAGAAUAAACCUGAUUCCUAAGUUUUCCUGAA